UGGGCUUCAGACGGGAGAGCGGUUCACAGCAGUAGCAGGGAAGAUGGCAACUCUCGCAUCUCUCACCCAGGUGGUGAGUGGGAAUCCUGUUUAUGAGAACUUCUACAGACAGGUGGAUCCUGAAAACACUGGCAGAGUAGGACCAACAGAAGCAGCGCUGUUUCUCAAAAAGUCUGGACUACCUGACAGUACAUUGGGGAAGAUUUGGGAUUUGGCUGAUCCUGAAGGAAAAGGCUAUUUGGACAAACAGGGAUUUUAUGUUGCUCUCCGUUUGGUGGCCUGUGCGCAGAGUGGUCAGGAAGUCAGUGUUUCUAACAUCAACCAAACAGUCCCUCCUCCACAGUUUAAGGAUACCAGCAGUCCCUCUUUGAGCAGCACAUCCUCUUUGUCUUGUGAAUUGCUGUGGGCUGUUAAGCCUGAGGAGAAGAAUAAAUUUGAUGGGAUUUUUGAAAGUCUUGUGCCCAUCAAUGGCCUUCUGUCAGGAGACAAGGUCAGACCAGUCCUCAUCAAUUCCAAGCUACCUCUAGAUGUCCUUGGCAAGGUUUGGGAUUUGAGUGACAUUGAUAAAGACGGCCAUCUGGACAAGGACGAAUUUGCAGUGGCCAUGCACCUUGUGUAUCGGGCCUUAGAGAAGGAGGCGAUUCCCGCGCUCCUCCCCUCUGCCCUCAUCCCUCCAUCAAAGAGGAAGAAGAGCCUCUGCUCAGUGCAAGGUCCUGUUCCUGGACUACCAGCCAGCCCCCCACCACUAAAAGACUCACUACAUUCCACACCCUCCCAUGGCAGCAUGACAUCACUCAACAGCACCGGCAGCCUGUCACCCAAACACACUCUCAAGUCAGGACUGCAUUCACUGAAUUGGGUGGUGCCAUUGUCAGAACGUGGUCGCUAUGAUGACAUCUUUCUGAAGACGGACGCAGAUCUGGAUGGCUUUGUCAGUGGACAGGAAGUAAAGGAUAUCUUCAUUCAAUCUGGACUUUCUCAGAACAUCCUUGCACAUAUAUGGUCUUUGGCAGAUACAAGACAGAUGGGCAAACUGAACAGGGAGCAGUUUGCCCUUGCGAUGCACCUCAUCCAUCAGAAAGUAGGGAAGGGUAUUGACCCACCCCAAGUCCUCACUGUUGACAUGAUACCUCCGUCAGAGAGAGGAACUCCCAUACCUACAAUGUCCGGAUAUAUGACUCCAGUAGGAUCAGAGAUGGUUGCUCUGUCAGAAAUGAGAAGGGACAGCUCUAGUUCAGUGGGUUCAGGGGAGUUCAGUGGCAUCAAGGAGCUUGAUGAUAUUAGUCAGGAGAUAGCCCAGUUGCACAGGGAGAAGUACACUCUGGAUCAGGAUAUUAGGGAGAUGGAAGAAGCUAUCAGACAAAAGAGUGCUGAGGUGCAGGAGAUGCAGAAUGACAUGGACAGAGAGACAACCAAUCUGCAGGAACUGGAGGCGCAGAAGCAAGAUGCUCAGGACCGUUUGGAGGAGAUGGAACAGCAAAAGCAUAAAUUGGAAGAUAUGUUGAAUGAAGUACACCAGAAGUGCAAGGAGGAAUCUCAAUUGAUCUCAACUCUUCAGAGGCAGAUCCAUUCCCAGGAGUCAGAUUUGCAAAACCAGGAGGAAGAACUUAGCCGAGCAAAGGCUGAUUUGGACCAUCUACACCAGGAGGAGAGACAGCUGGAACAGAGCCUGGCUGCUGGCAAGAUUCAACUGGAAACCAUCAUCAUUUCUCUGAAGUCGACUCAGGAUGAAAUCAACCAAGCUCGCGGCAAGUUAUCCCAGAUUCAGGACUGUCAGCAGGAGAUGUCUAAAGGAAUUGAGCAGUACAGCAGCACCUUAAAUGGUACCAAUGGAGGCAGUAUGACAAACCUGGCCGACAUGAGCGAAGGCUUCAAUGACAAAGAGAGUGGAGGCUUUUCAGCUGCAGGGAAGGGUAGACAGGAAGAUAUAUUCAAAGUUAAGCCAUCAGUGUUCUACAAUCGGCCUCAAGACCUUCAGUCGGACCUUUUCAACUCUGAAGACCCAUUUAAAACAGACCCAUUCAAAGGUGACCCAUUUGAAAGUGACCCAUUUGGAAAGGCAUCAUCUACAUCUACAGAUCCUUUUGAAGGAGAUCCUUUUAAAGAAGCAGAUCCAUUCAAGGCUUCAUCUGAAGAUUUUUUUAAGAAGACUACAAAGAUGGAUCAUUUUUCCACAACAGAUCCUUUUUGUAAAAGUGCCACUCUACCCUCCAAGCAAACGAGUCACUUUGCAGGAGGUGACCCAUUUUCUACAAACCACCAGAAACCCAGAGGAUCAGAUCUGUUCUCAACACUGGACCCCUUUGGGAGUAGUACGUUCAACAGUGCCACAAACAGCUGCACUGACUUUGCAGACUUCAGCCACAUGUCAAAAGCCAGAGACCCCUUUGAAGGAAGGGCCAACUGGCUUCCAGAUUAUCAGAAGCCAGUAUUUGUAGAUGACCCUUUCACCAGGAAAACAGACAUGCCAGCUCUGCCACCUAAAAGAAGUAUACCGCCAAGGCCCAAACCACCCAGCGGUACAACAACACCAGUAAGCUUGAUUGCCACAGCAGAUCCUUCCAAACCAUGUGACCCUUUCCAGGCUUUUGGUGCUGAUGUCAUAGACCAUUUUCAGGCUAAAAAAGGUCUAGGUGACCCAUUCAGUGGAAAAGAUCCCUUCAUCCCAUCAUCAGCAUCAAGUAAUGCUCCUAAAGAAUCUACCUCCGGUUUUACAGAUGUCAGUUCCGUUAACCCAUCAGCUAUAUCUCCUCGCUACAUCAGCUGAUCGGCACCAGAUUUUUUGUGCGUCGUCGAGGAGUGCUGCCAAACGCAUCGAUGUGUAUCGCCUGGCGAACGGGCGCAGGAACUGCGGGAGAACGUCUGCGGUGGCGAGCAGACGGCGGUCCUGGAACCCCUGCGGUCACCAAUAGUCCGGAGCGGCGCUGAGCUGCAAGGGCCGCCCGACGCCGCAUGCGGCUUUAAUUUGUUUUUCUUUUUUAUAUCAUCUUGGGAUUUUAUCUUCAAAAGAAAAACAGGCUAGGAACAAUCAAGGUCUAAAGAGGACAUUUCUUGUCUUGCCCCCCUUUUUGUAAUAUGUAACUGUAUAUUUGAGCAGAAUGAAUCACUUUUUUUGGAGAUCUUCAAUAAAAACAAAAUUAAAAAAAGUUCAGAAUCAAUGUCGCUGAGUUUUACUGUUAAAAAUUCACAAAUUAGAUGCUGUGGUGGCACAGGGGUUAAGCACAGCCCACAUAAGGAGGCCUUAGCCCUCGACAUGGCCAUCACAGGUUCGAUUCUUGGCCUGGUGAACUUUGCUGGAUGUGUUUCCUCUCUCUCAUUACCCUACUUUCCUGUCAUAGCACUUUCAAGUAAAGGCCACUGUCAUGGUAUGAGGGAAGACAAGAGAGGUAAUUGUCAGUCAAAAAGCUGUGCUUCUUUAUUUAGCUACAGCAUGAACAUGAACUGCAUCGUAUUCGAAAUAGUUUCUCUGUAUAUAUCAGCCCUGAUAGGGAUUAUUAUACCCUUUUGAAACUCAAUCUCAGAAUCUAAGAGGCAGUUUUAUUUUACGUCCCCUGGAAGUUGUUCUCACAGGAAUAGAUGGCGAGAGGGAGGAUCCUGAGGAAGGGCUUACUACUGGCUGGUUCGAUGGUGGUUCAGAUGGAAUGGUCACCUCUGUAGCUGGGGAUCUGCAGUCCUGCUGUGACACUGCAGGGUCAACAAUAUGUUGUGCUGCAGAAGUAUCAGUCGCAGGAACCUCCUGAUGAUGACGUCUGUUGCGUCGAGUCACGCUCCAGUUGGCUAUUUCUAUGUGGUAGGAUCUCAGCUCCUUAGACUUGCUGACGACUUUGGCAGGCGCUGUCCACCCUUUUUCCAAAACAAGUUUCACUCUCACCGAACCAGAGCGAAGUUUGGGGAGUGGGCAAGCUGAAUAUCUGUGAUUGUAGAAGAAUCUGCAAGAAUCUUUAGCUUUGGCAUUCUUUAAGUAGACUAAGUCUGGGUUGACUGGGUUUGGCAUCAAUGUUUUUUUCAGGACAGGAAUAGUGGUACUUAAAUGUCGGCCAGUCAUAAGUUGAGCUGGACUGGCACCUGUUGCUGCUUUUGGUGUGGAGCAGUAACUCAUAAGGGCUAAGGGGUCAGGCUGUUUAGGGAUGUACUUAGCAUUCUGAACAGUCCUUUCUGCAGCUCCAUUAGAUUGCGGGUAAUGAGGGCUGGAGGUUAUGUGAGUGAAACCAUACCUCUACUUGAACUCAUGAAACUCUGCCGAUGUUAACUGUUUCCAAUUAUCACUGACAAGUUCCAGUUGACAAGUUGUGAGAUGCUCCAUCUCACAAACAUGUGUUUGAUCACCUGAGUGCUGGAAGUGGUGGUGAAGGAAGCAAUUUUAAUGUCCCUGGAAAAAUAAUCAACAGCAACGAGAUAUGUCUUACCCUCAAGCACAAAAAGGUCAACUACAAUUCUCUGCCAUUGACCUUUUUGUCAAUGGCUGGUGACAAUGGCUGGUGACAGCUUCCUGCCCAAUGGUUGGGCAGGGAAGCUGCCACCAGUGGUUCACGUCUCUGUUUGUGCUCUCUGCAAAAACCACAACUUCACUUUGCUUAUCAUCUGCGCACCAAUCUUUGGCCACCACACUGUCAACUUAGCUCGCUCAUGACCCUUGGUGAGGCCCUGGUGACCUUCAUGUAGUUGGUCUAAAACACCAGCUCAGAGUGCUGUUGGAACAACAAUGCGGUCUUGAUAAAGGACCAGCCCAUCUGACUAUGAUAGGUGAUUUCUGGCUGCAUAGUACCCAUGAAGUAGUGAGCUCUCUGCCAUAUUGUGAGGCCACUCUUCUCAGAUGACAAACAUGAUUACUUUUUGAAGCACAGCGUCAUUUCGUGUAGUCUGGUGGAUUUCCUCAAGCUUUGGUGACUUGAUUGGUUUGCUAGCCACCAUAGUGUUGGCAUAUGCCUUUACUUGUGUUUCAGUUUCCAGAGCGUAACUGUCUUUCAACAGAUGUCUGGAGAGUGUGUCAGCGACUACGAGCUGCUUACCAAGAACAUGUUCUUGGUAAGCAGCUCGUAGCUCAUGUUUAUCCAUCACGACAACAGUUCCUUUCAGGUUCUUAAGUAGAUUACUCAUCAAUUGCUGAAAAAUCUCAGGAGCAGAUGUAAUCCCGAAUGGUAGGUGUUUGAAGCAAAAACAGCCCAUCGGGAUAAUGAAUGUGGUCAGUCUUUGACAGCUGAGGUCCAAUGGAAUUUGCCAAAGCCCACCAGAGGCAUCCAGACUGGAGAAAAUUGUAGCUCCGGCCGGCUUAGGUGUUAUGUCAUCUAAAUGUAAAAUGUAUCCUUCACGCUUCAGACCCUUGUUCAAUCGUUUUAAAUGUACACACACCCUGACUUCAUCCUUGUUGCUUUUUGGAGCAGGCACCACUGGGGCACACCAAUCUGGUGAUUCAGUAACCUCCUCAAUGAUCCCAAGAUUUAGCAUCCGCUUUAGUUGUUUCUCCACUUUUGGAAGGAGGGGAAAAGGGACUCGGCUUGGUGUAUUGACACCGAAUGGAAGUGCCUCUUCUGUCAGCUCAAUUUUAACAGACACACAGUUCAGUAGUCCUAUUUCUCUGAACAUGUCACUGGAUAACAAAUAGUCACCACUGAUAGCAUUGACGUGUUUGACCAGUCAAUGCUAUCCUUUAAUAACUGUUUUUUACAGUCCUUUAAUAACUGUAAUCCAGUACUGGUAUCUCUGACCUUUGUGUGUGGUGGUAGUGAGGAAAGUGCCCACACAUCUGACCUUUCCACCUGGACUGCACACUGUUGUUCUGGCUUUAUGGAGUUUUGGGUUUUGCUGUAGAUUAUUGAAAGUUGCAUCUGUCAUGACUGUGGUAUCAGCACCAGUGUCAAUUUGAAAGUUCACAGGGCUGCCAUUCACCAGCAGCUCAACGUCCAAUUGUCUGUCUGAAUCCGACUCCUGAUUGACAUUUGACUUUGCUGUUGCUCUCAGGAACAGUUUACCAAUAAAAAAACGAAUCCUCAUCUGAAUCUG